CCUGAACCUCAACUCAACCUAACAAAGCGAUGAGGAUCCAUGGAAAUAUGAGUUAUAGGUCCAUACAAUGUAACAAUAUCGUACAUGCAUGAAGUAUAGAUCUAUUAAAAUAUCGUCCAUGCCUUUAUUUGUUUACUUCCGGUGUGAAAGGCUGUUUCCAAUAUGGCCGCCUCCAAAAAGCAACAUGCCACCAACCAAGCUUGUGUUAUUCCUGGAGGAUAUGCAGUGCUGUCCUUACAGUUUGUUUCCAGCAGCGUUGCACACCACAAACUUUAUGUAAAAGAGCACAAAGUCCGGGAUGAAAAAAGUUCACUUAGACCAUUGGACAGGACCUUGUUUGUCCUCAACGUGCCCCCAUAUUGUUCAGAGAAUGUCAUCAAAAGGAUAUUUUCUCAGUUUGGAAAUGUAAAAUCAGUGGAGUUGCGAGACCAGCCAGGUUCCUCUCAGCACCAUGGACCAAAGCUUUCCAAAAUUUUUAAACCAGCUGAAAAACAUGGAUUCAAAGUAGGAUACAUUGUUUUUGAAAAUUCAUCCAGUAUCAAAGCAGCUAAAUCCCAUCCACCCAGUGAGCCUUUGGUGGUUUCCACAGAGGAGCAUCCAGUGAAAACAGGAGUUCAGAAGUGGAUACAGCAGUACAAAGAUUCUUUUAUUCAACCGGAGAAACUUCAGAACAUUGUUGACUCCUUUAUGGAAGACUACGACAAGCGUAAAGAAAAUGAAGCAGAAAAGCGAAGAAAAGAGGAGGAACAACAGCAGGAGGAGGAUGAAGAUGGUUGGGUCAAAGUUACCAGGGGACACAAGGGAGCCAAAGCCCGACCCCACAGUGAAAUGGCUAAUCAGCGCACUUUGGCAAAAGAGAUGAAGAAAAAGAAGAGAAAGGAACUCAUGAACUUUUACACCUGGCAACACAGAAACACACAGAAAGAGCACAUUGCUGAGCUAAGGAAAAAGUUUGAGGAGGACAAACAGAGGAUAGCCUUGUUGAGGGCACAGAGAAAGUUUAAACCCUAUUAAAAAUUGUCCUUUUUUAUGUUUGUAGUUUUAAAAUGCAAUGUUUACUAUGUUUAAAUGUCUACCAUACAUGCAUCCUCAGUAAUGUAUUUAGAUGUAAAAAAAAAAAUAAAUAAAAUGUAAACCCGUAA